AUGAAGAAGUAUUCCGAGUCAUUAGACAAGAAGGCUUUUACCCGUUACAAGGAGAAAAUAUGUGUAAUUGGUGGUGAAGAUCCUUACCAGAUCGACACGUCUGAGUGGAGUAAAGAUCACGACAGCUUCCCAGAAGUUUCAUACCCGGACUUGACACUGAAGGAAGACAAACCAGUUUGUUUGGCAGUGAAGAAAGAGUAUAGCGCAGACUAUGUGCCAACUAGUCUUCAGGCCAAGUACCCCAAGGUGUUAUCUGAACUGAGGGAUGACAAGUGUGAAGGAAUGUCUCGUGACGAACUAGUGGAACAUUGCGGUACACUACUUCCCAGUAUUGCCUUUACAGAGGAAGAAGCCAUCAAUGUUGAGGCAGCUACCAGGCAACAAGCUGACUACUACUGUGAUUUUGUUGUAUGGACUCCAAAAGACAUUUUCCUUCAACGGAUUGAGCCCAACAGCGAAGUGUGGAACAAGUUACUGGAUCGAUCGUCAAGAUGUUUUGCCACAGUCAUUCUUCCGGAACUUGUUGGUAAAUUAUACAGAUUAAGUGAAGAGGAGACAAUCUCAUCUGCGGGAAAGAAAUCAACGAAGAAGAAGCCCCUUAGACAGCCAGAGUCUACAAAUAGAAAGGCGACCAAGCAAAAACCAGCUACAAAAGAGAAGACAUCCAAGUCCAAGGCUACGACAGCAGCUGUAUCAAAGUCCUCCAAACCCUCACCUGGACUGGACGCAUCUGAGGAAAACCUGGAACUGUUCUGUGUUUGUGAUGGUGCAAAAGGCGGUAUUAUGAUUGGCUGUGACUCUGAAGACUGUCCCAACAAGCCCUUUGAGUGGUUUCAUUUGUCAUGUGUGAACCUGAAAGCUGAACCUGAGGGAGAUUGGUUUUGUCCGGACUGCUUGGAGCGUAACUUCUUGAGGAGUAUAAAAAGGAAAUAA